CAUCAUCCGUGGACCAGCAGAGGUUCUACCAGUUCUAGGGUUGAUCGAUCCCAAAAACGAUCCAUCCAAUCCUUAGCACAUUCUGCUGAGAGAAGCAUCUUUAGAUCGAUGUCUCUGCAAAUUUUGUUGUUUUUUUUUUGGUACGUGUGCGUACGUGCGUGUAUUUGCUCGAAGGGUGGGAAGGAGUAACAAACGAGAGGUAGAAGGUCGGAGAUGGUAUGGAAAUCAAGGGGCCGUUAAAGGGUUCCUCGUUCACGUACGGUGUAGUGAUUUUAUUGUGCGUGUAAGCCGUGCGUGCGUGCGUGUUUUUUUGUUAUUGUGUGUGUUGCAUAUUGUGUGAGUCGAGAAAUGGAAGGAUAGGCGCUACACAUCCAACGAAAUCCAUUUUUUUUCGAACAACACACGAGAAUCAAAUCACUGCAGCCGAUAUAUGAAUAAAACAGGGCCAAAAAGGACGAAUUUCAUGGUGCAACUCUUUCGCCGAAAGUGACACUAGUGCCAGGAAUCAGAGAAGGCGAACAAACUGAAACUAUAGUGAACAAGCGAAAGAGAGAGAGGAAUAGAGGAGUUGAUUUUACCUUGUUGGUGUGUUCAAAAAAUAAUAAUCCUGCUACUCCUUAAAUGAAGAAAAUAAUUGAAUAAUCACAUGCUUCUUCCUGGUAUGUAAAACCCACCCCAUGUGGUUUCCGCACACACACCCGUUUUGGGUCGGUGGUUGUUGCGAGCGAACAUUACAAAACGAGAGACAUUGUGUAUUUGUAUGUGUGUGUGGGUGUGUUUUUUUUUUGUAAGAAAGCCGGAAAAACCGCGAAAUAUGGACAGUGUACGGAUCAUCCGAUAUUAGACACGGUUAGGUGGAGGAUUCGUUUUUCAUCUGUUUUCUUUCUUUUUCUCUAAUUCCUCCGCCCCCCCCCCCCCCGGCCCCCCUUCCCGGCGUUUUGAAAAGAAAUAUCUCAACAGAAAAAAAAUGAAGACACCAAACGCCAGGGUAGGACGCACGCAUUCUGUACGUGUGUAUGUCCCCGCAGGUGUCGGGAAAAAUGCUAUUUAUAUUGUCCCGAAAAGAGAAAGAGAGAGAGAGAGAGCGCGCGCGUACAACAAAAUACAGAUAAAAUAGACAAGUUCCGCAAGAUGUGUGUGCAAGCGAAAGAGAAAGAGCGACCGAAAGAAAGUGUGAGAGCAAACCAAAGAAAAAAAUACUAGCAGCUAAAAAACAACAAACCAACAAUUAUAACUACUGUAACAAGCAACACAUUCUAUAACACCCCGUGCGGAAUGCCCCGUUUGGAAGUAAGGGUGUUUUUUUGUGUGUGCCGAUUUUCCACCCUGCCGCAUUGCCCACAUCCUUCUCGCGGAAAAACCGCACCCAUUUCCCUGGUGGUGGAAUUUUUUUUUGCGGAAGGAAACAAAUAUGGAUCACAUUGUAUUCCUUGUUCCGUGUGUUAAAUUCCUCCUAGAGCUGUGGCCUACUUCUAUCACACACCACACACACACACACACGCAUGCAUAAUUUGUGUUGCUCAUUCAUUCAAGCCCAGAAGAAAAGAUAUAUCAAUGAAACAACGCAACAUCACUUCCUUUCGUAGAAGAAAGAAUGAAAUUCUUGUCUUUCUUCUACCGUUUUGUCAUUUGGUUUUUGCACAACACUUUGACAAACAGCACUAAUGUGUGUGCUGUAUUGCUUUUUUAAAAAUAUGUUCAUCCAUGUAUGUGUGUGCCGCAUGAGGAUGAAGUAGUAGGGGUGGGGAGCAUUGUUACUUUCUGCGGAAGAAAACGGACAUUCGAUGGUCAAGGCUUUGUAUUCGGAACAGUUUGAAAGGGAUUGGUUUUAUUUUUCAAACCUUUCGUUUUUCUCUCUCUCUCUCUCUCUCUCUCUUCGUUAUACACACACACACUAGAUUCGUCAUGCGCAGGUUUGUGUAUGUGUGGUAUGGGUUGUGAUUAGUGAAUCGAUUUAGUGGAUCCCCCCAAAGACCUCUAGUGAGAAGAGCGCAAGGACUUAAGGGCAUUGAUUUGCUGCGUGAUUUUGCUCCCUCCUAUGUAUAAUGUAUAUAUGUGUCUGUACAACAAGAAGGUCCUGGUUUGACACUUCUCUAGCUUCCGAUUAGUGAUAGGGUUGCAGAACCCAUCCUUGUCUCAGUACGCUUUAUCUUGGGCGUGGGCCCAAGAAAAGUGUAACAAUUUGCCGACUCCCGGAACACUACAAUCAAGCACAAUCGGUAGUCAACAUACACGCAACGCGCCAAUCAACCGUCACUGGGGAGCACUGUCGAUCAAAAUCUGUGCGGUCCUCAUCAACGGAAGUGCUCCAGUCCAGUCACUCUCCUGCAAGGACAAACCGAUCCUCAUAUGCAGUGUUACCAGCAAGUGCCCCACAGAAAUCUUCCAAGCGACGUAGACAUCUCACGUGAAGCGAUGUGCACGUUUGGCUAACUCGCAGCGUCGCAGUGGUCAUAUGGUGCUGGCCCGCCCGUACUUUGUUGUGGUGUCCCGUGCUGUGUAGCCCGACAAGCCCACACCUUCCUUCUCCUUCCUUCCCAACCAACACAGCCGCACAGUGACUAGCGCCGCGAAACACCGCACCCCGGACGCACCCAAGAUGGAUGAUCUGCUACAGGCCGGCCACGUGGUCAAGGAAAGAUGGAAGGUGUUGAAAAAAAUAGGCGGUGGUGGGUUCGGCGAAAUCUACGAGGGCCAAGAUUUGAUCACCCGGGAGCAGGUCGCACUGAAGGUCGAAUCCGCCCGGCAACCGAAACAGGUACUCAAGAUGGAGGUGGCCGUGCUGAAGAAGCUGCAAGGCAAGGAACACAUCUGUCGGUUCAUCGGGUGCGGGCGCAACGAUCGAUUCAAUUACGUGGUGAUGCAGCUGCAGGGUAAAAAUUUGGCCGAGCUGCGGCGUUCGCAGGCACGCGGUGCCUUCUCACUCAGCACAACGCUGCGCAUUGGCCUCCAAAUACUGAAAUCGAUCGAAUCCAUCCAUUCGGUCGGCUUCCUUCAUCGUGAUAUCAAACCAAGUAACUUUGCCAUAGGAAGACUACCGCUCACUAGUCGUAGAAUCUACAUGCUGGACUUCGGCUUAGCUAGGCAGUACACUACCGGUACGGGUGAGGUGCGAUGUCCCCGAGCUGCGGCAGGAUUCCGCGGAACCGUAAGGUACGCUUCGUUAAACGCGCACAAAAAUCGUGAAAUGGGCCGCCAGGACGAUCUGUGGUCGUUGUUCUAUAUGCUUGUUGAGUUUGUUACCGGCCAGCUUCCAUGGCGUAAAAUUAAGGAUAAAGAGCAAGUUGGAAUGUUGAAAGAGAAAUAUGAUCAUCGUUUGCUACUCAAGCACUUGCCUUCGGAUUUCAAAUACUUCUUAGAGCAUAUUCAAUCCCUUAACUAUGCCGAUAAGCCGGAUUAUGCAAUGCUGAUCUCUCUGUUCGAACGAUGCAUGAAGCGUCGUGGCGUGAAGGAAACGGACACGUUCGACUGGGAAAACAACGCCGACUAUAAUGCUGGCGAAGCCAAAGCUAUCAACGCAGCCGUACCAAAGAGUGAACUAAUCAAAAAACAUAAGGAUAUCGAAAUGACCGAGGAGAAACGCAAACCAAUCAUGGAUUCGGCGAAAGUGCUCCACACGGAACCGAUCGAAUCGAUGAAGCCGCAGAACGUAAAUGCAGGCGGCGGAGGUGCUGCAGCGGCCACUGCCAAGGCCGCCCUAAACCAUGCGGACCAGCACGAACCGAACGAGGCAAAGAUACAGCAGGAGACCAAAACGGACGCUGGGCUUCCAGCGAUUGAGAUGGUGGUCGUGAAGGGUCUAAUAAGUUUUCCUAUUCACCAGAACGAGAUACCCUUGGUGCGGGCGCACACGGAAGUUAUGACAAAGCCGGCAAAGCAUGGUAGCAACCGGUUACGAAUACUGACGGCACCGCCGGUCAACAUCAAAGAUUUCUCCUCCACGCUCGAUAAGCAGCAGCAGCAGCAAUCGCAACAGCAGCUAUCGCAUCAUCAGCAAUCCCAUCAUCAGUCGCAGCAGUCGCACCACCAUCAUCACCAUCCGCUGCACGCGUCCAGCGACGCGAACAAUCUGUCGAUGGAGCUAAAGUCGAAGCUGCUAAAGACGGAGGCGGACGAUCUGUCGUACGUACCGGCGGACGGCAUACUGCGCGAUCUCGCCCAACAUUGCCAGUCGGGUACGGGCGGUUCUCAGAAGCAUCACGAUCAGCAGCAGCACGGGCAGCAGUCGGCCGCACUGCAACGCCAAAGUCUCACCCUCGGCAAAAGCCUCCGGUCGUACGGUAGCUCGACGACGGCAACCAGCAACAAGUACGGUGGGCGGAACGAUGACAAGAGCUGCCGGGACUACUCGAUCACGCAGCACGCAAUCAUCGACGACGACAACGCUAGCCAGCACCAGACGCCCAAAUACCAGGGUGCGCUCACGUUGGCCUCGCAGUGGAAGAGCCAGUUCGACGAUUCGGACGACUCGACCGACGGUCUAUGGAAGGGCGAACAACAUUCCGAAAAUGCAUCGAAGAAAAACUACACUAACCUCAACAAGAGCAGCAUCGCCGCGACCGCCCAGCAGUCGAAGGAGCACCACCAGUCGGCGCUACCGCCCCAGCCGCCACCGCCGCCACCGUCCCAGCCGCCCCAAACGAACGGACAGCUAAACAUGCCAGUCGCAGGGAGUGGUGAGGACGGUCCGCUGCCUAUCACCAUCCCCACCACCGCCACCGCCACCACCAUCACCCGGAACGGGCACGGUGAGCCGGAGAACAAUGGGGAAAUAUGUCAGCUGCCACAGCCGCCACCACCACCAUCCGAGUGUGAUGAGGGCGCUCUAGUGCCGGGUGCUGAGAGCGGUGACGGAGGACCAGUGGUGGACGCGGUCAGCCUUUUACCGUGCGUCGGGGGUCACACGGGCGGACCAGUGGACCAUCAUCAUCACCAUCACCAACAUCAGCGGGAGGUGACCGAAAAGGUGAACGACGUUGCGGCAGCAGAACAGGAUGCGGAACAACCGAAGGAUACGGUAGAGAAGCAACAAGAAGAGGAGGAAGGGGCGGAAGAGGAAGGGGGGGAAGAACAAGAGGAAGAGGAGGAGGAGGAGGAAGCAGAGCGGGAACAGGAGGAGGAGGAACAGGAAGAGGAGGAGGAAGAGGAACAGGAGGAGGAUGGUGGGAAGGGGGGGAAGUAUGGGGCGGGAAGCGGUGCAAACGGUGCGCCGAUGAUCGUCAGCGUCGGCAGUCUGGUGGGAGGCUUCGAAGCGGUGGCGGCGGCCGCGGCUGCAGCAGCCGUUACCGCCACACCCGUUACCGCCGGCGGGAACGCGGAACUAUCCAGUAAUCUUAAAUCUUAAAACUCUCUCACAGGACAAACAUACACACAUAUAAACACUAUCACACAAAGGAAACAAAACGAAAACAAACCAGUGCAAGAAACACUCCUUCCUCGGCUAGCGUUCUUUGUUUUUUGUUUGUUUGUUUGUUAGUUUCGGUUUUUGUUUUUUUUUUGCCAAGGCUAAGCAAAAAAAAACCAAGCAUGAGCUUACGGCUACAGAUCGUGUGAAAGAGAAAAAGGAAGCGAGUGAGAGAAAGGAGAGGAGAGAGAGAAUGAGUGAGAUAGAAGAGAAAGAAAGAGAUAUAGUGCAAUCGUGAUGUUAGUAGGAUAUAGAAGAAGGACUAGAAAGGAUGAGCAGGGGAUGAAAGAACAUGAUGUGUAAAGAGACACAGUCAAGUGCAAUGGUACACAGUCUGAUAGUGAGUGGGGCACUGUGGCAAGUGACACCGGGCGGCUACUGAUCCGGUGUUGCAAAAUAUGUGGAGUUACUUCUACCCAGAUAGGAACUCUUCUAGUCCUUUGCCACGGGUUCUAGCACUGUCAGCGCUGUCUUAACUGUUGUGAUUGUGUGAUGAGUGCAAUAUGUUAGAAGGAUUACACACAUACAAACACAGACCAUUACUGAGAUAAUCUCGAAUCCUCUACUUCGCCUCAAAAACCUCGCCACCAAUACCACACAGGCGUCCCUCCUCCCAUUCCCUCUUUCCCACCCCCCCUUCUAUUCUUCGCUUCUAUUCGGCCUAGUUGAUGGUCGAUUGGAUACGCAACAUUACUCUGUGCCCGAUCAUGACGAAGAGAGACAGAGAGAGAUAGAUUGAGACUUCAACCAAGGAUAUUAAACCUCCACUAUUUAAAACGGAAUAAAACAAAACGAUCUCGCGGGAUAAAAAACCCCCAACAAAAACCAACGGUUUACAAUAACAGAAAACGAAACAUGGCUAACGUGUGUGGUUAAAACUUAUUUAGGGAGGUUAAAUAGGUAAGGAAGCGAUGUCCGGGAAAAGAGGAAGGGUAGAGGGAAAAGGAAGAGAGAGGAGGGGGGAAGGUGGCAGAGAAAUGGGGGAGGGGAAAUGGAUGAAAGUCGGAGAAGAAUCUUGUAAUCGAAUCAAGUGGUGACGAAGCUAGACACAAUAUUAGGCAACGGUGCGUUGUUCAACACAAGGAAGAAGAAGAAAAUUACACACACAUAAGUUCAAUACCAAAAUGCAAAUAUGAAAAUCCAUGACAAAGCAAAUAAAACAAAGGUUAAACACGAACACACAAAUGCAAAUGCGUACCACAAACACAAAAACACAAAUUUACAUAUAAUAAAAACCAAAAAAACAACAAAAUACGUGAAUUAGGGUAUGCGAUAAAAAAAACACAGGAGAAAAACAAGCAAACAAAACUCUCAACACAACAUAUAAACAAAACAAACAUGGUUGGAGAAGCGGACAGACAAGGUGAGGAAGACAAGUGGGGAAGAAAAAAAAACGAGGAAACAACAAAAAAACUGAAAUUAACGCUGAAAAAGGAUAAAGCGAAUAAAUCAAUGAUAACACAAUACCAAUAA